UACAAACAUAUAGGCCAAGGCUGUUAGCUGAAAAUGUAAACAAACCGAAAUUAUGCGUUGAUAUGUACGAUGUCUCUCCGUUGCAAUUCCUACUUACAAAAUGGGAGUAAACUGAAGACAGUGCUUAUAAUUUCGUUGCUAUUGAAUUUGAUAUUACUGGGUGUUUGUUUGGGUUUGAGGCUAUGGUGGAGAAACAACCACGACACAUCGGUAAAUGACAGCGCUCUUCAUGGUGAGCGGUGUUAUUCGUUCGGCUCAGAGGUCAAUUUGUCCAAGGACAGUGUCUGUGUGUCGUGUGAUCACCUUGGAGACGACGUCAGGGUCGAGGACACGUUGUAUGACGUCAUUGUAUCAUCAAAGUGUGGGAACAGGUUGUGUUGUUAUAGAGACAGAGACAUCUGGAGUUUGAUACAUACGGUUUUAGAAAUCCCAGAUCAGCGAUCAACGGAAGGUGGAGACCUGGCGUGGUGGUAUAAUCGCCCGGAUGCAGCGCACCUGUUUUUGGACCACUCACUCUCCCCUCCCCAAUGGUCUCCUAACAAUGUCCCCGGUGUCUCCUUCACCAACCUCCCCUUCAACAAUAACCGUAUAUCGAUCCAGAGGGAGGGGCUCUAUUUCGUGUACGCCGUGUUCUCUCUAGAUUUUUCUAACUUCGGUCCCGGUAUCCCCCAGGUUUAUCAUAACAUCACAAGUCAGCAUCCGUUGCUAACGCGAACGGGACCGGAACUUCACUUCAUGAACAAAUAUGGCGGGUUUACAAAGUCUGGGCAAAAUUACCAUAGCAGCUUUUUAAGUGGGAUUCUUCAUUUGAGGCGAGGGGUCGAAAUCGCAACACAGAUUUCUUUACACUCAAUAAUAGAUAUAACAAAAUAUUCAAACUAUUUUGGUGUUUUCAAAUUAAAUAAGUAAAAACGAGUUUUAAAAAAACCCCACCAUGGUCAUCAUUCUAUUGUCAUAGAUAAUUUGAAAUUAUUUCUUCUUUUUUUAGGGAGUGGGGUUGGGGGGAGAGGGGGUGGGGAGAGAGUGAUGUGGUCGUAAUGUAUUUGACAUUGUUAAUGUUAACGCAUUAAAGUUGUAAUAAAGCUAGUAGUAAAUUGUUUUACAAAUUUCUGUACAUAACAAAGUGUGGAGUAUUCAUUAUCUAGAAGUGUUUUAUAGAAUGGAAUAAUAAAAAAUAAAAUAUUUAUCGAACCCCAAA